UCUGAGGCUCUUCAGAGUUGCAAAAGGCACACCAAAGUUGCUUUACUUUCCGGGAGUGUGGUUUUUCUUGGUUCUAUGCACACAGAACUUGUUCCAUAGUCAUGGAAGAAGGUUUCUUGUUCUGCAAUUGCAUUGCUAUUUCAAUCCUUUGAUCAGCUUAUUAAAAAUUUCUUGAUGGAGUCACCUGUUGAUGGAGCAGAGUCCUUAUCAGAGAUUCAAAAUUCAGUUUCUGGGGUAGAUCUUGAUCCUCCUUCGACAUCUGACACUUCCCGGCCUCCCUUAAGAGCAUCUAGGAAUCAUUCCGGUCACCAUAAUUAUGGAAUGAAGACCAUCCACCAUCAAAACAGAUAUGUAGUUAAUCAAAAGAAUUCCUGUCAGGAGGCUAACAGUGUGGCGCAUGAAGAAGGAUUUCCAAAUAUGACGAAGCAGUAUUAUAACCCUAAUGGCAAAUCUGACUAUGUGAGCCUUAAUAAGACUGUUGAAAGUUGUUUAGGGAAGAAUAUCUCCACAAUGGAAAAAAAAUUGUGCAUCAAGCAACCAUCCGAAGAUUCCAAGAAUUGUGAUUCUAGUGGCAAAUUAGAAUCUGACAGUCACGUAUUAGGUUCAUCAAAAGGAGUUAUUGAUCAAAAAAAGAGUUACUGUCACUCCGAGAUUACUUUUUGUCCAAGUCCUCAGAAUAGUUUCUAUUCUGCCACUGCCUAUUCAGAAGCCAAAGAAAGUUUUACCAAUACUGGAGUCAGUGAAUGUGUUAGUAUUGAUAAGUCAGUUGAAAGUGGAGAAGUUACUAAUUCCUGUGAAUUUAAUGAGAGCAGGAAGACCAGCAUCUGUAGAGGGAGUACUGGAAGCGAUGUUAGUGAUGAAAGCAGCACCAGUAGUUUGAGCAGUGCUUUGUAUAAACCCCACAUGGCAAAUGAUAUAAGAUGGGAAGCAAUUCAUGCCAUCCGAGCUCGUGACGGGGUGUUGGAAAUGAGACAUUUCAGGUUGUUGAAGAAAUUGGGAAGUGGAGACAUAGGAAGUGUAUAUCUAGCAGAGUUAAGUGGCACAAGGACUUGUUUUGCCAUGAAAGUAAUGAACAAAACUGAGCUGGCAGGUCGAAAGAAGCAUCUGAGGGCGCAGACAGAGAGAGAUAUAUUGCAGUCUCUAGAUCAUCCUUUUUUACCUACAUUAUACACACACUUUGAGACAGAGACAUUCUCCUGCUUGGUAAUGGAAUUUUGCCCUGGUGGGGACCUGCAUGCACUCAGGCAAAGACAAACUGGGAAGUAUUUUUCAGAACAUGCUGCCAGGUUUUAUGUGGCAGAAGUUCUCCUUGCUUUGGAGUACUUGCACAUGCUUGGGAUCAUCUAUAGAGACCUUAAACCUGAGAAUGUGUUGGUGAGAGAAGAUGGACAUAUAAUGCUAUCAGAUUUUGAUCUCUCUCUAAGGUGUGCCGUCAGUCCAACUCUAGUAAAGUCAUCAAACUCCAGCUUGGAGACAAAAUCCUCAGGAUACUGCAUGCAGCCUGCAUGCAUUGAGCCAACUUGUGUAAUGCAGCCAGACUGCAUCCAACCUUCAUGUUUUACCCCGCGGUUUCUUUCUGGCAAAUCCAAGAAAGAGAAAAAGUUCAAACCAAAGACUGACAUGCAUAAUCAGGUGAUCCCUCUCCCUGAGCUUAUGGCUGAGCCCACAAGCGCCCGAUCGAUGUCCUUUGUGGGCACGCACGAGUACCUGGCACCUGAAAUCAUCAAAGGUGAAGGGCAUGGCAGUGCUGUAGACUGGUGGACGUUUGGGAUAUUCUUAUAUGAGCUUUUGUUUGGUAGAACACCAUUCAAGGGUUCAGCAAAUCGCGCAACUCUAUUCAAUGUUGUUGGCCAGCCCUUGAGAUUUCCGGAAUCCCCUGCUGUGAGCUUUGCUGCCAAGGACUUGAUCAGGGGUUUGCUUGUGAAAGAGCCUCAGCAUCGUCUUGCCUAUAGACGCGGAGCAACAGAGAUAAAACAACAUCCAUUCUUUCAUAAUGUUAACUGGGCACUGAUCCGUUGUACAAAUCCUCCAGAGGUGCCAAGACAACAGGCCAUGAAAGCAGUCACAACAGCUGAAAAGGUGCCUGGUGUGACGCCUUCUGGUAAUUAUUUAGAUAUUGAUUUCUUUUGAAUCAUAAUGUAUGUUUUCUCCUUUGAACUAAUUUCACAUCUUUUAUUUGUGUUGUUGGUCCUUGGUUCUUUAAGUUGUGUAAAAGGAUGCAAACUCUUUCAUCUACAUUGAUUAACGCUUGUCAUAUUCCAUGAUAAACUGCUGUAAGAAACUCCAAAAUGCAUUUAAGUGAGGAACAAAGUGUCUGUCUCUUAUUUUCUCCUAUUCCUCUGUAAUAUUAUCUCUAAAGGUGAACCUUGGCAUAACUGUUGGU